GCGCAGAGCUGCGGCGGGCGGCCUGGACGCGCAGCGCCGGGCCGGGCGGCGGCGUCCGGGCUGCUCCCGCCGCCGCCCCGCCCCGGGGCAGCAGCCUGAGACCCCAGGCCCGAGGCCCCGGCGCGUCCCCGAGCCAUGCCUCCCCCGGCGCUGCUCUGUGCACUCUGCUGCAGUCUCCUGGCUGUGUCCGCGCGCGCCGGCUACUCGGAGGACCGCUGCAGCUGGAGGGGCAGCGGCCUGACCCAGGAGCCCGGCAGCGUGGGGCAGCUGGCCUUGGCCUGUGCGGAGGGCACCAUCGAGUGGUUAUACCCGGCCGGGGCACUUCGCCUGACGCUGGGGGCCCCUGACCUCAGCACGAGACCCGGCAUCGCCUGCCUGCGCCCAGCGCGGCCCUUCGCGGGCGCCCAGGUCUUCGUUGAACGGGAGGGCGGCUCGCUGGAGCUGCUGCUGACCGAGGGUCCAGGCCUGGCAAGGGGCCGCUGCGCACACUGGGGUCCCCGCGAGCGCCGGGCCCUCUUCCUGCAGGCCACACCGCACCGCGAUAUCAGCCGGCGGGUGGCCGCCUUCCGCUUUGAGUUGCGUGAAGACAGGCGUCCAGAAUUGCCUCCGCAGGUCAACGGCCUCGGCGAGGAUGGUGCCUGCAGGCCCUGCAGUGAUGAGGAGCUCCUACUGGCUGCAUGCACCAGUGACUUUGUGAUCCACGGGACCAUUCACGGGGUCACCCAUGACAUGGAGCUGCAGGAGUCUGUCAUCACUGUAGUGGCCACCCGUGUCCUCCGCCAGACGCUGCCACUGUUGGGGAUGGGGGGGUCCGUGGCCCAGGGGCAGGUCUGCGUUCGCACCCUGCUGCGUUGUGGUGUCCGCCCUGGCCCAGGCACCUUCCUCUUCAUGGGCUGGCGUCGUUUUGGUGAGGCCUGGCUGGGCUGUGCUCCACGCAGCCAAGAGUUCACCCGUGCCUACACGUCUGCCCAGGCUGCCCACCUCCACCCCUGCGAGGUGGCACUGGACUGAGCGUCUUUUUCUGGGGACAGGGUGCUAGGGAGGGU